AUGGCUAGCAGUGCACCCAAUGCCGCGGCUCUGAUCGAGUCCGCAAAGAAGGCUGCCGCCUUUCAAGCUGUCGAGGACCACCUCUCUCCCACUGACAAGUUCGUCGGGAUUGGAUCUGGCAGCACUGUCGUCUAUGUGGUGGAAGCUAUUGCGGCCAAGGGGCCAAGCUUUUCCGCCAACAUGACCUUCAUUCCCACAGGCAGCCAGUCAAAGGGUCUGAUUAGAGCAGCUGGAUUGAGACUGUGCAACCUGGACGAGCGCCCUGUUGUGGACGGCGUGUCGGUUGCCUUGGACGUUGCCUUUGAUGGUGCAGAUGAGGUUGAUGAGGAUCUUAACCUCAUCAAAGGAGGAGGUGCAUGUCUCUUUCAAGAGAAGCUUGUCGCCGUAGCGGCUAAGAAGUUCAUUGCAGUUGCGGAUUCUCGCAAGCAAUCACCCCGGUUAUGCACCAAGUGGAAGACUAUUCCUAUCGAGGUCCUCCCCCUUGCAGCUCCGGAUGUCUUGAACCGUCUCAAAGCCAUGGGCUCCCCCAACCCUGUUGUCCGUUCCGGCCUACCCAGCAAAGCUGGUGAGUGCGUGACUGACAAUGGCAUGUGGAUCAUCGACGCUCCUUUCCCGCCGCUGCUACUUCCCAAGGACCUGACAGCGGAGGUCGACGGUAACGGUAAGAACGGAGCCUGGGAAAUCGGAAAGCUGGCAGAAGAGCUGGUCAAGCUUCCUGGAAUUGUGGAAAUUGGCCUCUUCCACGGAUUUAAUGGAGUUCAGGCUGUUGGUCUGGGCAAGCAAUUCCAAGCACAGAAGCCGGUUGCAGCUUACUUUGGCACACCGAGCGGCGAGGUCCAGAGAACCUCAACCUCGAAAAGCGAUCUCUACGAAAGCCGGUCUCUCACCACCUUCGACGCCAUCCAAUCCUCCACGGCCGCCAUGCUGUCGCGACAAGUCUUCCGCUCCCUCAGGGCCGCUGCCCCUCAGCGUGCCGCCGCUCUCAGCAUUGCUCCGGUCCGGACCUUUGCUGCCGCCGCCGCCAGCGAGCCCAAGGCUCCCAUUGCCGUCUUCGGUCUCGAUGGCACCUACGCCACUGCUCUGUACACCGCGGCCUCCAAGACUUCCACCCUCGAUGCCACCGCCAAAGAGCUCGCCAAGCUGGGCGGCAUCCUCGACAAGGACGCCAAGCUGGCCGGAAUCCUGUCCGCCCCUACCCUGACCCCCGCCGACAAGUCUGCGAUUGUUGCCGAGCUCGUCAAGCAGGCCGGUGCCAGCGGCGCCACCCUCAAGAACUUCCUCGACACCCUCGCCGAGAACAACCGACUGGGCCUCCUGAAGGGCGUCACUGAGAAGUUUGGCCAGAUCAUCGCUGCUGCUCGUGGCGAGGUUGAGAUGACCGUUACCAGCGCUCAGGCUCUUGACCCCAAGACUCUGUCUCGUCUGGAGACUGCCGUUGCCAAGUCCUCCUACGUCGGUCAGGGCAAGAAGCUCAAGGUCACCAACGCUGUCAACCCCGAGAUUGUUGGUGGACUCAUUGUCGAGGUCGGCGACCGAACCAUCGACCUCAGCGUCUCCGCCCGCAUCGCCAAGAUGAACAAGCUCCUCACUGACAACCUGUAA